AACCGCGAUCGUGGCCUCAACUCCGCAAACCUCCUUUCAGACUCUCUCAAGCUCCCUCUUUCCUUUCUUCUUGAACUGUCUUUCCAUCUUUCUUUUAAUACCUUUUUUUAUCCCUCUACACUCUUCCACACCCAAUUAAUCACAAUGGCUUCCCCCCGCCCAGCCUCUCCCCUCACCUCAGGCGCCGAGUCCGGCCCUGACUCAAAGUCCGGUGCCGCCGCAGCCACUGGCAACUCCGUCGGCCGUCCCUCCUCUCCCUCGACCCCCGGCGGUCCUCGUGCUGCCAUGCGCCGCCGUGCCACUGCCGACCACAAGGAGACUCUGCGCAAUGCUCGUCCUAGCUCCACCCGCUCUGCCGGCGCUGGUGGCUCGUCCGGAACCAUGCUCAAGCUCUACACCGAUGAGAGCCCCGGUCUCCGCGUCGACCCCGUUGUUGUCCUCGUCCUGAGUCUGGGAUUCAUUUUCUCCGUUGUUGGUCUUCACGUCAUCGCCAAGAUCACCCGCAAGUUCUCUGCUUAA